AUGUCUGCCAUAACUCUUGUUUUGUUAGCAUUUACCAGUGUUUCUUCGGGACUUCUUCUUGAUGGUAUACCCUCUCAAGAGGAAUUGCAUUCUGAUGCCACUCUUCAGCUUCUCCUAUCGGAGGUUACUAGACUUAGCAAUGAACUGAAAGAAGCUCAGGGGAAAAUUAACACCUUGGACAAUCAAGUCGACAAGCUAACGAAUAAAGAUCGUGACAUUGCAUUCUUUGCCUACCUAGGACCUGAUAUGGUAAACCCUAGUUCUGGAACAACAAUAGUUUUCAAUGAACCAAUGACGAAUUCAGGCAACGAUUAUGAUCCACAACAUGGAGUUUUCACGGCCUCUGUCAAUGGAACAUAUAACUUUCACCUAGUUGCCGCCUCACCCGAGAACAGCGACCCCUCCCAUCAAUUUCAUUUAUACAUCACGAAGAACAAGCCUGGAUCUUACGUGUCAUAUGGUUGGUUGGACAGAACUACGGACCAUUGGGUUCAGACCAGUGCUUCUGCUGUUCUGCAUUUGCUUCAAGGAGAUAGAGUUUGGGUUGAAGUUGGUUUAGUCCUAGGUUCACACACCCUUGCAGGACACAACGACAAUAGAGCACACACAUAUUGGUCUGGUUUUCUGAUCCAUGCUGAUUAAAAC